UUCCCCAUUCAAGCUUAUCCUCUCAGGUGGCUGUUGAGCAUUCCGGAUCUGUCGUUCGUUCCCCGUUGAAAGUCAGACAUCCCGCCCUGUCCUCCCAGGCAGUAGACUUCGCCCCCGGACCCGGCACACAUGGGGGCGAAGGACGCUCCAGCCCGACUAGGAAAAGCAAACAUGACAUCCAGGGCCAUUGCUGCCUUCGGCCACAGCAGCCACGAUCAGCCUGAACCUGUAUCCGUACCGUUGCACUGGGACCAGCAUCGACCAAAAGUUCCAACUCCCAACACCGUGCCUCAAGUGACGAUCCCAGUCUAUCUUGGAGCCUUUUUCUUCGACGCACCGCGACAGCCGAAGAACAAGGCGCGCGUGUUUUUACGGAGUCAUCGUGCACGGCUCAGGGGCAAUGUCACUGGCCGAGACGUCCAAACCCCCAAUUUUCCGUCGAGCCUGUCGGUCAGGGUCCACCGACGGACGCGUACUUUUGGGGUCACGAGUGGCUUUCGGCAUAAGGAGCUCGCUUACUCCGGCCGGCUUUGUCUCUCUCCCUCGGUAGUCUUGAGCCGCAAGAGCUCAGCUCACCAGAGAGCAAAUGUCCAAGCUUCUAUGGCUCACCAAACCCACAGAUGGAAUGUGUUGAUCAUCUUUGGUAGCCCAAAUUCCUCUUGGCCUGAACACUUAAGCCUGGAUUCUGCAUUAAAUCGGAGCUCCCGUUUGGUCAGCUGCGUUGCCUCCUCAUUAUGCCUAGUGGCUUGGGGUCCGGUCUGGCCUCUUCCUGGACGACACCCCUACCACCUCAGCAGGAGACCUCGCAAUCCUUGCUCUUCCCCUCUGUCGGACCAGUCUCGGCCAGGGAAAGUCAUCCUCCACUCGUCUUUCAAAUGUUUUCAGGCCGUCUGUGAUUUGCCGGCCCGUUGCGCUUUCUUUUACUGCAGUAACAAGUCAGGCCUAGAAGCCCUUGGUGCGGCCUCGCCAGCUAAUACUCUUGUUCACAUCCCCUCAAGUCUUUCCGAUGAAACAGGCGUCAGCUAAGGCUCUAAAACCCCACAGUCUCUUGCACAUGAUAGAUGCCCAACCUCCUAAGACAUAUGGGUUACCUUCCGUCGUAUGCUCCUAGAAGAGAAAUCCCAAU